UUUUUUACUUAAAAAUUAAAUUUUUAACUUUGAAAAAAAAAAAGUUAAAAGAAAAAACCAUAAAAAUUGUCGAGAAUAAAUUUUGAAAAUUUUUGUUACAAAACGCCUGUUUUAAACAUAAUAUAUGGUAAUGGCAGAGAUUGGUGGCCAUUUGGCUCACCAGCUUCCCUUGCACAAUCACAAUCAAACUGGAUUACAACCGUCGCUGGUGAUGAAUCAUCACCUGGAUUUAGAUUGUCACGGACAUGAUGUUAUAAAAAAACAACGUCUAUCGUUAUGUGUGGGUUGUGGUGGGCAAAUUCAUGAUCAGUAUAUCCUGCGUGUAGCACCCGAUUUAGAAUGGCAUGCAGCCUGUCUUAAAUGCCAAGAAUGUCGGCAAUUUUUAGAUGAAAGUUGUACGUGUUUUGUACGCGAUGGCAAGACAUACUGCAAACGCGAUUAUGUUAGAUUAUUUGGUACUAAAUGUGAUAAAUGCGGUAAUUCCUUUAGUAAAAAUGAUUUUGUGAUGCGUGCUAAAACGAAAAUAUUCCAUAUAGAAUGUUUUCGCUGUUCAGCAUGUGCGAGACAAUUACUGCCAGGUGAUGAAUUUGCGUUACGGGAUGGUGGCAUUUUAUAUUGUAAAGAAGAUCAUGAUGUUUUAGAAAAAUCCUCCCAAAGUAGUUUAACUUCAUCGUCUCUAGAGAGCAACAAUAAUAAUAGCUGUAGUAAUAAUAACAAUCAUUCAAGUCUUAGUAAUAAUAAUCAUUCCAGCGAAUUGGGUUCAAUGUCAGAUUCUGGCAGCGAAUCGGGCUCACAUAAAAGUAUUAGGGAAAAACGACCAUCGGGACCAUCGGAUGGUAAACCAACCAGAGUAAGAACGGUGCUCAACGAAAAGCAAUUACAUACAUUAAGAACCUGCUAUAAUGCUAAUCCGCGACCUGAUGCGCUCAUGAAAGAGCAACUGGUAGAAAUGACCGGUCUUUCACCACGCGUCAUACGUGUGUGGUUUCAAAAUAAACGCUGUAAAGAUAAAAAGAAAACCAUACAAAUGAAAUUGCAAAUGCAACAGGAAAAGGAGGGUCGCAAACUGGGCUAUGGUGCUAUGCAGGGUAUUCCUAUGAUAGCCAGUUCCCCGGUUCGGCAUGAUUCACCUUUGAACCUGCAGGGCAUCGAUGUGCAAACAUAUCAACCGCCAUGGAAAGCUUUGUCUGACUUUGCCCUCCAUGCCGAUCUCGAUAGCAAUGGUGCCAUUAACACUCAUACACCAGCAUUUCAACAACUAGUCAAUCAGAUGCAUGGUUAUGAUUUGAAUGGUAUGCCUCCCUUGCAGCCCCAUCAACAGGGACCACACCCGCCGCCACCAGGUCAACAAAUGAAUGGGCCACCCGGUGGUAGUAUGGACUCAGGAAUUACCUCACACCAUCAUCCGGACAGUACAGAUUCCUAUGUGACCUAUCUGGAGAGUGAAGAUAAAACCAAACUAAUGUUGACACCAUCAUCAACAUCAUCCACCUCGUCCUCGUCCACCUCUAAUUGUGCAUCAUCAGCAGCAGCAUUGUCGGCCUCAACUUCAGCCGCCACAUCCAUAUCAUCACCGCCUACAACAACAACCUCUAUUGGGUUUGCCGCUUUAAACCACAAUGGCAAUAAUAGACCAAGUGACAUUUGCGGCAACUCAACUUCAAUACAAAUGCCUUCGGCCACGGAGCAAUUGAUACAGAUGCUACAGAAAGUAACUGGCGGUACAACAACUCCCCCACCACCAGCACAUUCAUCACAACAACAGCAGCAUCCAUUGAGCCACUUUACACAUCCAACCGGAGUGCUAUCAAAUCGUUGAAUGUGUCAUUGACGUUCAAAAUCAGGGCCUGUGCAAUACAACCCACAACUUAUAAUAGAAAUACAGAAUUUCUUCUGCAAAUCAUCCUCUUUUCUCACACACUCUCCUUCUCUUCGUCGUGAGAUUGAAAAUGUUGUUUAUUUUCAAUUUCUAUUUGAAAUCUAACCUCAAAAAUUGUACCAAAAAUUUAAUAUUUGAAAUAUUAGAGGAAAUUAAGAAAGUUGAAUUAGUUAAAAACAAGGAAAAAUGAUAACAAACAAAUAAAGAAACAAAAUAAAAAAUAAUUAGGGACAUUUAAAUUUAGACUUGAAUAUUGUUGUUUUAACAUUUUAUGUUUGUAAAUUGUAAUUGUUUUUGUUUAAAUGGAGUUAGAAAGUUGUGAAAGUUUAUUGAAAAUUUCAAAAGACGUAGACACUCACAUUUGCUGUUCGAUUUUUAAGAAAUUUAUUUGACUAAACUUUAGCACUUCAACAUUUUUGAAAAGCUUAGCAUUUGAAAUCUAUAAUUUUAAUCAAAUCUCCCAUAACUUUCUAAAAAUUUAAGCAAACUAUUGCAAAUAAAACCUUACAGAAAAAGGAUUUGAAAUUGAUAAACAAAAACUAUUCAAAACAAAUCCUGCGACUGUUAAAUAAAAUGUAUAAACAAUUUUUUUAAUAAACAAAUUAUUAUUUUGUUAAAAAAUAACUAAAAAAAAAACGUUAAAAAUGAAUACAAAAAUGCUCACUCACUUAAAAAGUUAAAAAUAUUUUUUCCUUUAAUAAAAUGAAUUUGUAAAGUUAUUAUUAAAUCUAUACAUAUUUAUAUCAAUAAAAAAACGUCAUAUUUGAAUGUAAAUAUUUUCGAAACUUAUUUUCGUUUUGUGUUUAACAUUUUAACUGUUUUCGUUUAUUAAUUGAUAAAAUAAAUCCCAAAGUUAAAAUCAUCUCCCCAUAUGUUUUUCUAAUUAUAAUGAAUUCAAACCAAAAUAAACAUAAAACAAACAAACAAACAUACAUAUGUACUAUAUAGACGUAUUCAUUGUAAGAAAAACAAACUAAUUGUGUAUUAUAUAUAAAAAAUAAUUAAUAAAAAACAACAACUAACUUGACUUAAUCUAAACAAAAGAAUCUUAUAGUAAUUAUUAAAUA